CCCGUCGGCGCACGGGGCUAGAGCUCUCGGAGAAGUGGGAUCGCGAGGCCGACGCGCGGCGCUCUGCGCGGUCAAAGGGAGCGCCGGGCGGCCGCGGCGGCGGCAGCGGGGGCAGCGGCGGCGGCGGCAGCAGCAGCAGCAGCAGCAGCAGCGGCGGCGGCAGCAUCCCGCUGAGCGGCCGCCGCCUCCGCCUCGCCGCCAGCCACCGCGGCUGCCAGCCCGCUCCGGAGGGAGGCCGAGGGAGCCGGCGUGCGCACUUUCGCGCGGACUUUCGGAGUGUUUGUGGAUUUACAUGCCAAGCCUUCAAGAUGAUGUCCAUGAACAGCAAGCAGCCUCACUUUGCCAUGCAUCCCACCCUCCCUGAGCACAAGUACCCGUCGCUGCACUCCAGCUCCGAGGCCAUCCGGCGGGCCUGCCUGCCCACGCCGCCGCUGCAGAGCAACCUCUUCGCCAGCCUCGACGAAACGCUGCUGGCGCGGGCCGAGGCGCUGGCGGCCGUGGACAUCGCCGUGUCCCAGGGCAAGAGCCACCCGUUCAAGCCGGACGCCACGUACCACACGAUGAACAGCGUGCCCUGCACGUCCACGUCCACCGUGCCGCUGGCGCACCACCACCACCACCACCACCACCACCAGGCGCUCGAGCCCGGCGACCUGCUGGACCACAUCUCGUCGCCUUCGCUCGCGCUCAUGGCCGGCGCGGGCGCGGCGGGCGCGGCGGGCGGCGGCGGCGGCGCCCACGACGGCCCGGGGGGCGGCGGCGGCCCCGGGGGCGGCGGCGGCCCCGGCGGGGGCGGCCCCGGGGGCGGCGGCGGCGGCGGCGGCGGCCCGGGGGGCGGCGGCCCGGGCGGCGGCGGCCCGGGCGGCGGGCUGCUGGGCGGCUCGGCGCACCCGCACCCGCACAUGCACGGCCUGGGCCACCUGUCGCACCCGGCGGCGGCGGCCGCGAUGAACAUGCCGUCGGGGCUGCCGCACCCGGGGCUGGUGGCGGCGGCGGCGCACCACGGCGCGGCGGCGGCGGCGGCGGCGGCGGCGGCCGGGCAGGUGGCGGCGGCGUCGGCGGCGGCGGCCGUGGUGGGCGCCGCGGGGCUGGCGUCCAUCUGCGACUCGGACACGGACCCGCGCGAGCUCGAGGCGUUCGCCGAGCGCUUCAAGCAGCGGCGCAUCAAGCUGGGCGUGACGCAGGCCGACGUGGGCUCGGCGCUGGCCAACCUCAAGAUCCCGGGCGUGGGCUCGCUCAGCCAGAGCACCAUCUGCAGGUUCGAGUCGCUCACGCUCUCGCACAACAACAUGAUCGCGCUCAAGCCCAUCCUGCAGGCGUGGCUCGAGGAGGCCGAGGGCGCGCAGCGCGAGAAAAUGAACAAGCCCGAGCUCUUCAACGGCGGCGAGAAGAAACGCAAGCGGACUUCCAUCGCGGCGCCCGAGAAGCGCUCCCUCGAGGCCUACUUCGCCGUGCAGCCCCGUCCCUCGUCCGAGAAGAUCGCCGCCAUCGCCGAGAAACUGGACCUCAAAAAGAACGUGGUGCGGGUGUGGUUUUGCAACCAGAGACAGAAGCAGAAACGGAUGAAAUUCUCGGCCACUUACUGAAGGGCGUGGGAGGGGCCGCGCGGGCGGGGCAGAGCCGAGGCCUCCAGGGGGGCCCAGGUGGGGGCAUUUCCCGGGCCCUGAGUUUGGAGUGUGUUUGCUAUCCUGCUUGCAUCUGGGGACCCUCACCUGAG